UGGCCGGGGUUGGAUCGGGACCUGGAGCUGGCUGGGAAGGAGCUGCCGCUGGCCCGGGGCGGAGCGCAGCAGCGCCGCGCCGCGCGGGGGUCGCAAGGAGGGGCGCGUUGCUGCUGGCCCACCGUGAGCCGCCCCCAGCCCGCACCGAGGCCCCUUCCCGCCGGGCCGCCUGCCUCUGCCUUCCGCCUCCCUCCAUUUCCCCGGAAUCCCAGCCCGGCGCGCCUGGACCCCGGCUGUCCUCUGGGUGGGGAAGCUUCUGGCCUCUUUCCCGCUUCUCCCCGUCCUCUCAGACUGGGCUUCCAACUCCGUCUCCUUGUCUUGGACUGGGUCUCACCCCCUCCGAUUUCCUUCCUUUAGCUCAGUUUCCCUAUCCCUUCUCUUAGCCGGGUCCCAGCCCCUCAGUCACUUUCCCCAGCCAGAGGUCCUGCCCUUCCUUCUUCUUUCCCCUUGCUGCAGGGUCCAGCCUGGUCUGUCCCUUCUGUUCCCGGGGUGCAGUCUUCCCCUGUUCCUCUCGCCCAGGUUUGGACUUUCAGGUCCUGUUGGUUUUCCUCUAUGGUCCUUCCUAGGUCCUUGUCCCUCUUGUUCGGUUUGGAGUUGCAGAUUGCCACCCUCACCUGCUUUCAGACUGCUUCCAUGAAAAUACCUCUCUAAACCAUGAGCUUUUCCUAGACACUGCCCCAGUCUCUUCUUCCCACCUGGCUGACCCCUAUGUCCCAGGUCUCACUCUCACUUCAUUAAAGGUUGUGGCCUCCUGGGCUAAGGGACCAGGCACCAUGCCUAGGGGGCUUUCUCCACCUCGGAUCUUCACCUUGCUGGUGGUGUUCUCCUUGGUGGAGCUGCUACCUGUUCUCAGGAGCCAUGGCCUCCAGCUCAGCCCAGCGACACCUGAGCGCUCAAUAGGAGAUGUCACCACUGCCCCACCAGAGGUACCCCAUCACCCAGAGAGCCAUCCUGUUAACCAUUCUGUCCCCGACCAUGGCAUAAAGCCGCGAAAGGCCUUUCCAGUUCUGGGCAUUGACUACACACAUGUGCGGAGACCCUUUGAGAUCGCCCUCUGGAUUCUGCUGGCCUGCCUCAUGAAGAUAGGUUUCCAUGUGAUCCCCACCAUCUCCAGCAUCGUCCCAGAGAGCUGCCUGCUGAUCGUGGUGGGGCUGCUGGUGGGGGGCCUGAUCAAGGGCGUGGGUGAGACGCCCCCCUUCCUGCAGUCAGAAGUGUUCUUCCUCUUCCUGCUGCCCCCCAUCAUCCUGGACGCCGGCUACUUCCUGCCGCUGCGGCAGUUCACAGAGAACCUGGGCACCAUCCUCAUCUUCGCUGUGGUGGGCACGCUGUGGAACGCCUUCUUUCUAGGCGGCCUCAUGUACGCCGUGUGCCUGGUGGGCGGUGAGCAGAUCAACAACAUCGGCCUCCUGGACACCCUGCUCUUCGGCAGCAUCAUCUCUGCCGUGGACCCCGUGGCGGUGCUGGCUGUCUUUGAAGAGAUCCACAUCAACGAGCUCCUGCACAUCCUUGUCUUUGGGGAGUCCCUCCUCAACGACGCUGUCACCGUGGUCCUGUAUCACCUCUUCGAAGAGUUUGCCAGCUACGAUCAAGUGGGCAUCGUAGACAUCGUCCUCGGCUUCCUGAGCUUCUUCGUAGUGGCCCUGGGCGGGGUGUUUGUGGGCGUGGUCUACGGGGUCAUUGCCGCCUUCACCUCCCGAUUCACCUCCCACAUCCGUGUCAUCGAGCCGCUCUUCGUCUUCCUCUACAGCUACAUGGCCUACCUGUCAGCUGAGCUCUUCCACCUGUCCGGCAUCAUGGCGCUCAUUGCCUCCGGGGUGGUGAUGCGCCCCUACGUGGAGGCCAACAUCUCCCACAAGUCCCACACCACCAUCAAAUACUUCCUGAAGAUGUGGAGCAGCGUCAGCGAGACCCUCAUCUUCAUCUUCCUGGGCGUCUCCACCGUGGCUGGCUCCCACCACUGGAACUGGACCUUCGUCAUCAGCACGCUGCUCUUCUGCCUCAUCGCCCGCGUGCUGGGCGUGCUGGGCCUCACCUGGUUCAUCAACAAGUUCCGAAUCGUGAAACUGACCCCCAAGGACCAGUUCAUCAUUGCCUAUGGGGGCCUGCGAGGGGCCAUUGCCUUCUCUCUGGGCUACCUCCUGGACAAGAAGCACUUCCCCAUGUGUGACCUGUUCCUCACUGCCAUCAUCACCGUCAUCUUCUUCACUGUCUUUGUUCAGGGCAUGACCAUUCGGCCCCUGGUAGACCUGUUGGCUGUGAAGAAAAAACAAGAAACCAAGCGCUCCAUCAAUGAGGAGAUCCACACGCAGUUCCUGGACCAUCUUCUGACGGGCAUCGAGGACAUCUGUGGUCACUAUGGCCACCACCACUGGAAGGACAAGCUCAACAGAUUUAAUAAGAAGUAUGUGAAGAAGUGUCUGAUAGCCGGCGAACGCUCCAAGGAGCCCCAGCUCAUCGCCUUCUACCACAAGAUGGAGAUGAAACAGGCCAUUGAGCUGGUGGAGAGCGGGGGCAUGGGCAAGAUCCCCUCUGCGGUCUCGACUGUCUCCAUGCAGAACAUUCACCCCAAGUCCCUGGCUGCUGAACGUAUCCUGCCAGCACUGUCCAAGGACAAGGAAGAAGAGAUCCGCAAAAUCCUAAGAAACAACCUGCAGAAGACCAGGCAGCGGCUGCGGUCCUACAACAGACACACACUGGUGGCUGAUCCCUACGAGGAGGCCUGGAACCAGAUGCUGCUUCGGAGACAGAAGGCCCGGCAGCUGGAGCAGAAGAUCAACAACUACCUGACGGUGCCAGCCCACAAGCUGGACUCUCCCACCAUGUCCCGGGCCCGCAUUGGCUCAGACCCACUGGCCUACGAGCCGAAGGCAGACUUGCCUGUCAUCACCAUCGAUCCAGCCUCUCCACAGUCACCGGAGUCUGUGGACCUGGUAAACGAGGAACUGAAGGGCAAGGUGCUGGGGCUGAGCCGGAACCCAGGGAGAGUAACAGAGGAGGACGAGGAUGAGGACGGAGGCCUUACGAUGCGGUCCAAGGAGCCCUCCUCCCCUGGCACCGAUGAUGUCUUCACCCCUGGACCAAGUGACAGCCCCAGCUCCCAAAGGAUACAGCGCUGCCUAAGUGACCCAGGCCCCCACCCCGAUCCGGGAGAGGGGGAGCCAUUCAUCCCCAAGGGGCAGUAGUGCCAGGCCAAUGGGCAGCACCUGUCCAGCGGACGUUCCCACCAGAGCAGGGGUUGGUUGGAGGGGAGCUGGGGGCUCCCCUCACUCUUCCUGACUUGGAUCAGCCCCGCCCCUUCCUCCCGCCGCAUGGCAGCUGGGUCCACAGCCCCUCCUGUAGCACGGCUUCCUCCCGGCCCCUCCCAGCAGAACUGCCUCCGCCAUCUCUCCUCUUGGGCAGAGCUGCUGGGCUGGCGAGGGCAGGGCCUACUCCUCUAGAUCCAAGCUCACCAUGUCUGGACCAGGGCCCCAUUAGGCUGCCAGGCCCGGCCCUCCACCGCAGCACCCUCCUCAUUCCCAGCAACCUUCCUGCCUAACCAAAGAGCCUCUGGCUCAGCCGUGGCCCCACCCAGGAUUGGAAGGAACGGGAGGAGCUCUCCUCUGUCCCCGCCAGUGACUGGAGGAAGGAUGGGGGGCUCGUGGCAGUCCCACCCCACUCCUGUUCACCCAUGCCGGCCUUGCUGAGAGAGCCCGAGGCAGGGGGCAUCCCGGGGCUUCUCCGCUU